AUGGAGGCGAUUGCCAGUCAGAUGGGAACGGGGAGAGACUCAAGCUCCUCCCCGAAUUCAAAGCAAGAGCUGCAGCCCUACUCGGGCUCCAAUCCCCUCAAGCCCAACCAAGUGGGUGAGACCUCCCUGUACGGCGUGCCCAUAGUGUCCCUGGUCAUCGACGGGCAGGAGCGCCUGUGCUUGGCGCAGAUCUCCAACACCCUGCUCAAGAACUACAGCUACAAUGAGAUCCACAACCGGCGGGUGGCGCUGGGCAUCACCUGCGUGCAGUGCACCCCGGUGCAGCUGGAGAUCCUGCGGCGGGCCGGGGCCAUGCCCAUCUCGUCCCGGCGCUGCGGCAUGAUCACCAAGCGGGAGGCGGAGCGGCUCUGCAAGUCCUUCCUGGGCGAGCACAAGCCGCCCAAGCUGCCGGAGAACUUCGCCUUCGACGUGGUCCACGAGUGCGCCUGGGGCUCGCGGGGCAGCUUCAUCCCGGCCCGCUACAACAGCUCCCGGGCCAAGUGCAUCAAGUGCGGCUACUGCAGCAUGUACUUCUCGCCCAACAAGUUCAUCUUCCACUCCCACCGCACGCCGGACUCCAAGUACACGCAGCCCGACGCCGCCAACUUCAACUCCUGGCGCCGCCACCUCAAGCUGAGCGACAAGACGGCCACGGACGAGCUGAGCCACGCCUGGGAGGAUGUCAAGGCCAUGUUCAACGGCGGCACCCGCAAGCGGACCUUCUCCCUGCACGGGGCGGCCGCCGCCUCCUCGGCCGCCAAGGCCGCCCUGCACCCGCCGCCGCCCGGCGGAGCCGAGCUGGCCCCGGUGCACAAGAGUCUACGCUGCAGCGGCGAGGAGGCGCCCGGGGAGCGCGGCGCGCUGAGCUUGGCCGGGGCGCACGGCGGGGCGGCCGGGGCGCACGGCGGGGCCGGCGCGGUACGCAGCUACCCGGUCAUCCCGGUGCCCAGCAAAGGCUUCGGCAUGCUGCAGAAGCUGCCGCCGCCGCUCUUCCCGCACCCCUACGGCUUCCCGGCCGCCGCCUUCGGGCUCUGCCCCAAGAAGCAGGACGACUCGCUGGGCGGAGCCGGCGGGGGCGAGCCCGGCAAAGGGGGCGCCCUGCCGCCGGGCAUGUUCUGGGGCCACCCGCACCCCCACCCGCACCAACCCCAGCAGCCGCCGCACCAGGCCGGCGCCGGCAAGGACAGCGGCGUCUACCCGCCCUUCCCCAUGUUCUGGCCGGCCGCCGGCAGCCUGCCUGUGCCGCCUUACCCGGCCCAGAGCCAGGCCAAAGCGGCCGCCACCGCCGUGGUGGUGGCGGCCGCCGCAGCCGCCGCCGCGGCCGCCGCCGACCCGCCGGGCCUGGGCGGCCGCCACAGCGAGCUGGAGGGCUCGGAGCCGUCGGGGAGCGGACGCAGCAGCGCCACCCCGCAGGAGGGCUCCGGGGCGGACGGCGAGCGCUGCUCCAGCGCCCUCUCCAGGGCGGCCGCCGAGGAGGAGCGGUCCGGGGACGAGGCGCUGCUGCCCCCGCUGCCCCUGCCCAGGAAGGGCAGUUACCUGUCCGCCUUCCGCCCCGUGGUGAAGGACGCGGAGAGCAUCGCCAAGCUCUACGGCACCCGGGAGGCCUACGGUGGGACGGGCCGGAGCGCGGCCGGCUACCUGUCCCCGGACUUCCUCAGCGAGGGCAGCUCCAGCUACCGCUCCCUCUCGCCCGGCGCCGACACGGCCGACGAGCCCGAGGUGGACGUGGAGUCCAACCGUUUCCCCGAGGACGAGGAGGAGGAGGCGGCGGCGGCCGUCGAGGAGGCGGAGGAGCCGCCGCCUCUGGCCGAGGAGAAAGCCGGGGAGCAGGGGCCGGAGGAAGGGAACCGGCCGCCGCCCGAGGGGAGCCCGCAGAGGAGCAGCAGCAGAGGCGGCUACGAGGUGGGGGGCUCCGCCGGGGACCCCGCUCCAAGCUGGGCCCUUCCCUACCUAGGGCGCUGCGCCCACGGGCGCGCAGAGAUGGUAGCGCCGGGCCUGGGUGCAAGGUCUCAGCCCCCGGGAGAGGGUCCUCGCUGGGGUGACCCCUCCGCUCCCCCCAGCUAAAUCCAUGUAAUUGUUCCGUUUCUUUUGAAGGUCUACACCCAGGAAAGAGAAGACCAUCUGCAGGCUCUGAAGAACGCUGCUUCACUGGGGCCUGCAACCACUUAUCUUUGCAACCCCGAGGCAAAUGAGCAAGAUAAGGACGACAAUCACUCGACAGCAGAGGAUUUAGAGACCAGCAAAUCCUAUCAAGACCAAAGGAAUGUCUCGCAUCCAAGCCCUGUAAAUACCGACAGAGGUGAGGAAGGUCUCAGCAUUGACUUUAUGGGGACCCAACUAGUUGAAAAAGACAUUGAAAAUCUGGCAAGAGACGAAUUGCAAAAACUGCUCCUGGAGCAAGUGGAGCUUAGGAAGAAAUUAGAACGGGAAUUCCAAAGUCUGAAAGAUAAUUUUCAGGAUCAGAUGAAGAGGGAGCUGGCGUAUAGGGAAGAAAUGGUCCAACAGCUACAAAUUGUCAGAGAUACCCUGUGUAACGAACUGGACCAGGAGAGGAAAGCUCGCUACGCCAUCCAGCAGAAGUUGAAAGAGGCCCACGACGCGCUCCACCACUUCUCCUGCAAAAUGCUCACGCCUCGCCACUGCACGGGGAACUGCUCCUUCAAACCGCCCCUGCUACCCCAAUGAGCCCCCCCCCCCUUCCCGCCAAAGCCAUGCGACUUCGGAGUGUGAAUAGCCGGCAGCCCCUUGCGCCGCGAAAGGGAAAACCCAGCCACAAGCCAUUUCUAAGGAGACACGUGUAAAUACAGGACUGCGUGGAGCUCUCGGGCUCCGCGUUUCUAGAAGUGUAAAUACAGCUCCUCCAGUCUGCGAAUCCGGGCAGCUGACCGCCAAGGUGUAAACGGACCAAAAGCGAAUUAACAAAACAAAACGCCCCCAGACACGGUCCGCUGUGAAUCGGUUCUAUCCAAGGAAUCUCCUUGCUCACUGUCUGCCCCCUCCAUGCCUACCUGUCUGUCCACUUCUUGAAACCCUUGUCUAGACUGGAAAAAGUGGCUAUGUGCAAUGGAUAUAAAUGUACUGUGAUUUCUCUUGGUCCAGUAUUUGUUGAAUUUUUAUUUAUUUAUUUAUGAUGUAUAUUUAUUUCCCCUCCACGCUCCCUUGUAAAUGAUGGAUGUGACAGCACUUUAUCGGGCGGUUUGCGACUCACGGUACACCCAAGGAAAGGAGAAAUAAAUAAAAACAACCCUGCCCCUGUUGUGGGGGGAGACACCUCUGUACGCCAUUUUUGUUCUUUAAUAAAAACAACCUUUA